GAACGAGCUUUGCUGUUCCUAAUAAAGAAACUCGGCCCGAGGGUGGCUUCUGCAUUCGCAAGGCUUCUGAAGGUUUUGACGCUUUUGUCCAGACAGGUGCUGGGUUAGGGUUCUGGGAGAUUUUUUAUGCGACUUUGUUUGCGCUGUCAGUGUUCAUGCGUCGAGAGUGACUGGUGGUUCUUCUCUGCUCCGUCCCUAAACCCUGAGUCUCUUGCUUCGAGACGUUCCUCUACCCUUCUUGAGAUAAUGGUUGGGAAUACCGCGCAGGAUGGAUGCGUCGUCGAGAGAUGAGAGCAGAACUUUGAUUCUUCAGAUUCUUGCGAACUGAGAAACAUACCAACUCAAGCUUGUGUUGGAAAUCUCUGAUUCAUCAUGGUCGCAGAACGAGCUCAGGCCCCGCGAUCUGCAACUGCGUAUGUGGUUCAUAUGCUAAGGCUUGAUAACAGCGGAGCGGUGAAUUCUGCCCCUGACAACAAAAAAGGGCAUGGGGCACGGCGGGAUUUAUCCAAUGGAGACUUGGAUAUGGAAGGACCACAGUUGAGAGACGUGAAUGUUAGAGAGAAGGCUAUAUCUGCUGCAGGCGCUGCUUUCGUGUCUGCAGUGCUAGUGAAUCCCCUAGACGUAGCAAAGACAAGGUUACAAGCACAAGCAGCGGGGGUGGAUUACAAUACUGUUGCAUGGCAGCAGCUCCCAAGACACAUAGAAUCCAUUGGCUUUGGAAAGGUGAUCAAUGGCGGCAGAUGUCCUCCUGUUUGUCCUCGAAUUGGAAACGCUGGAGUUGCUCCACUUUGUCCCCCAGCCUGCUUCCAAUACAAGAGCACCUUCGACGUUUUUAGCAAAGUAAUCCGGCAGGAAGGAUUUUUCAGACUCUGGAGAGGAACCAACGCGGCCCUUGCGAUUGCUAUACCUACUGUCGGAAUAUAUUUACCUUGUUACGAUAUUUUACGGGAGAAACUUGAAACGGCUGCAACAGAAAGUGCCCCACUACUGAAACCUUACGCCCCAUUUUUGGCAGGAUCUGUUGCACGAUCCAUCGCUUGUAUAGUUUGCUCGCCUCUUGAAUUAGCCAGGACACGUAUGCAGGCCCGGAGAGAAAUUCGAGGUGGUGUCAAACCUCCUGGAGUGGUCACUAUCUUGAAAGGAGUUACGUCAACUAUGACAAGUGCCAGUGGGCCAUUGCAGGGAAUAAGACUCUUGUGGACCGGAGUUGGUGCCCAGUUGGCUCGUGAUGUCCCUUUUUCUGCCAUAUGUUGGAGCACUCUCGAGCCUACAAGAAGAUACAUUUUGCAGAUGGCUGGUCCCGAUCCAGAUGCAUCCACUGUUAUGUGUGCUAAUCUCUCAGCUGGUAUUCUAGCUGGGAGUAUUGCAGCAGCUGCUACUUGUCCCUUGGAUGUAGCUAAGACACGUCGUCAAAUUGAGCAAGAUCCCUCAAAAGCAAUGACUACAAGACAGACACUCCAAACAGUGUGGAGAGAUGCAGGAGUGAAAGGUUUGUUCACUGGCGUGGGGCCUAGAGUUGCUCGAGCGGGACCAUCAGUUGCUAUCGUAGUAUCAUUCUAUGAGGUAGUAAAAUACUGUCUUGGGACCACAGCCUUAGCUUGAAGUUGGACGACAGCACAGUAUGUCAAUGCAAAAGAAAAGGUGUAUGGUACAUUCCAAGUUGGACAAAAACUUCCGCUUGAGGGGAAGAAACAGACAUCAGAUCAGCCUGGCGAGAUAAUGGCAGUUGGGCAGUAUAAGUGAGUCGCUGGGAGCAUAGCAAUUGCCGCUUCUCCCUAUCAGGAUAUCCAGCUGUGACGAGACAGUGCAUUCGGUUUUUGUCAGCUUGAUCAUUUCUUCAGAAAAGUUGGUCAUUUUUGUACGACUAUCCUGCCACAUCUCAACAGGUCUGUUGCAGAAAACGCAAUCAAAUCAGCAAUUAAAGUUUUGUAGCUCUAGUCUACUCCUUUGCUGCCUUGCUAGACGACCAUGUGAGAGAUUCCUUCGGCCUUGGGUCCAUAUGGGGAGCCUAUUUUGAUUCUCUUCGUCCUGGCUUGGAUAGUAGGAGGUUGGAUGAUUCAUUCAAACGUGACGGAGACGAGUAUACUUAUUAGCCUUCUAUCGAACUUCUAAAUUGAUGAGACAUGUUGUCUAUACUACAUUUUUGAAGGAAAGUUCCUUGAAGA